CAAACACGAGGCGGCUAGCGUGAGAGAGAGAGAGAGAGAGAGAGAGAGAGAGAGACGGAGAGAUUCGCCAUCGCUUGUCAUCGAUCGAUCCAUCCAACCAUCAUUCAAUCAAUCAAUCACUGAUCUGAAUCUUCUCCUCGUCCACCUUCUUGCUGGAUUCCCCUUUCGAUUUCGCAGCCAUUCCCGGUUCAGGGUUGAAGAUCGGACGAGGAUUUUGCCACUGAUCAUCACCUGGGAGGAGUGGUAGAGAGAGCGGAGCGGGAUUAGCCGAUGAAUGACUGAUUGGACUGCCGGGCACAGCCUGCAGUGUGCAGCUCCGGAUUGAGACCUCCGACCUGAAUUUCCAUUUCUGGUUCGCCGCACCCCGGGGAAGAAGCACUGAUCAACCCUCCGUUUCAUCAGCGGCUUUCUGUUCCGAUGGGUUUUUGGCCGUCUACCGCCCCGUCGGUUAUUUUCCUCGUCAUGGCCGCGCUGUGGUCGGCGCGGCGCGUGUCUUCGGCGCCGCCGCCUCUGUGUCCCCGCGAAUCUGCCCCGUUCCUCUGCACCUUGCAAUCGCGGUGCCCUAUCUCGAUCUCCCCGAAUCCUCCUCUCCAGGUGGAUGGAGACUUCCUUGACCGGUUCUUGGAGUCCAAGCAUGAUCAUGGAUAUACCUCGAUCCUUUUCCAGGCUUCCCGGUGCCCAUUUUCGCAGGCUACAUUUCCUACUUUUGAAGUUAUUAGUUCCAUGUUUCCACAGAUAAAUCAUUUGGCGGUAGAACAGUCUUCUGCUUUGCCGAGCGUCUUUUCAAGGUAUGGGAUCCGUAGUUUGCCAUCAAUAUUAUUGGUGAACCAGACCUCAAGAAUGAGAUAUCAUGGCCCAAAAACUCUUCUCUCGCUCGUGCAAUUUUAUGAGAAGAACACUGGUUAUGAACCGGUUCAAUACAUCAUGCUAGAUCAGCCUAGAAAUCAUGAGGCCAGUGAAAGUUCCAUUAUGCACUUUACGAGUGUUACAUCAAUGAAGGAGCUCGUAGCAAGAGAGCCCUACCUCAUAUUUUCAAUUCUCUUCCUAUAUCUGAGGGUCCUUUUAGCAGCACUGCCUCGAGUCGUAUCUCGCUUAAAAGCUUUCUGGGUCUCUUAUGCUCCCCACCUGAACUUGGAGAUAUUUGGUGAGACGACCCAAAUAUUAGGCCGUCUCCUACCUAUAAUUGAUGUGAGGAGGCUAUGGAUGAAACUAAGACUGUGCAAGGCCCAGAGCUUCCAAGAAAGGGUUAGAAGUGCCCGAGUAUGGGCUUCUUCCUUGGCCUCUGUGUCGCUUGGCGAAUCUUCCUCAGCUAGGUCGUCUUAGUAGGGUCCUGACCUUCACGUGUGUUAUAAGUCGAAGGAGCAUACCUAGCGAAAGAACUCUGUGGAACAUGUUCCUCUCUCCGAUGUCUCUAGAUUGACAUUCUGAGUAGUGUGUGCUAAAUAGUUGUUGGGAGGUUCUUCUAUAAAUCCGGGAGUUAACCAAACAAGCAUGUAAAUUAGGGAAGAGUUUUUUUUUUUUUUUUCUCUCCCUCCCGUUCUUUUCUGGUCUUCCCUCUGUAUAUUACUCAUAUUUUGAAAUCAAUAUUAACAUGGUCGAGUAUAAUGUAGUACUAAAUCCUCUUUUCCUCA